AAUGGUGGAGAGAUAUUUAACUCCAACACCGACCCAAUAGUUAUAGUUCUUCCACGUAAUGGCGGCGGCUUUGUUGAUGCUGAAGACUUUUUAUAUAAAAUUAUUUCUCCAUCGACAAACUAUGAGAAAGCAAAUGUUGCUCGAAUCAGUGAAAGUUCAGAGAAAGUCCUUAGAAAUGGAUUUGGAGCACUUAUAGAAGAUCCCGUGACACAUAUUAGAAGAGUUCCAAGAAGUAACUCGUAUUAUGAUGGUGACCUUGGAGACUUCUAUAAUAAACCUGGCUCUGAAUUUUAUGGAGAAAACAAAGAAGUUGAGUUUAAACACAUUCAGAAGUCUCAUUUGAUUGAAAACACUCGAGACUUCCCAACAAUGAAUGCAAGAAAGAAAAAUCAAAUUGUCGUCUUUUCAGACCACUUUUGCUUCUCUGCGUGUUCACUGUUCACUUAUCACUUUAGUGAGAAGAAAUCUGCAAUCACCGCGACAUAUUGUGGACUACCAGACUCAACAUUCAGAAAUCUUGGAGAGAGUCCAACUGCUGUGAUUCAAGACGAUUAUAUUCAUGACGGCUUGGAAACAGUUGUGAAGGACAUGGGAUUUAAGAUGGGUAUAUCAUAUUUACCAACUCUGCCGUUGAAUGAAAGUGAUUUGGUGCCAAAUGAGUAUAAAGUGCACCAACCUAUGGAGCACACAAACAUACAGUUUUACUAUGGAGACGAACAAUCAGUCGAUGAGUUCUUAGAAGUAGCAGAGGCGUACAUUGAAAAGUACAAAAAUUGGUGUGAGACCGGAGAAUUAAAAGAAGAUAUAAAAUGCAGUGAAAACAACGCUUCGGAAGUGUGGGGAAGACUGUGUGAAAAUGAGUAUUUUAAUAUGGACAAAUGUAUAUUUGUGAGAUGUGCUGAUAAAUACUUCUAUAACAAUAAAACGAAGGCUUGUCAAAUUAUUGAAUGCGAAGAAGGACAAAAUAUUACUUACAAUUCGAAGUGUACUCAAAACAGUGACAGUGAAAUGUGGGGAUCACCUUGUAUUAAUAAUGUGCUGGACUCAAAUAAUUGCUCUUUUAUGGAAUGCAAAACCGGGUAUCUUCGUGACGAAAUAAAGAAUAUGUGUUAUAAAAAAGAGUGUGAGGACUCAACCCAAAUUGUUGAAAACAUCAAAUGCCCACAGGCGAGUAUCAGUGAGUUGUGGGGAAUCAAAUGCAUAAAUGGCCGAUAUAACACUGAAAAUUGUGAGUUUAUGUCGUGUAAAAGUGGAUAUAUGUACGAUGAUAUAAAGAAGACAUGUGUCGUACAAUCCUCUUCGUGUAAAGAUGGAGAAAUCAGAAUAGAUCAAAUGUGCAAGGAAACUUCUGAAAAGGAAUUUUGGGCCGCCAAAUGUGUUAAUGGGAAGUACGAUAAUACAAAUUGCGUGUUCUAUGAUUGUACACCGGGAUAUGAGUUAAAUUCUGACAAAGAGUGUGUCAAGAAAACGGUGUGUAACGAAGGUGCAAUUUUACCAACUAAAUUAUGUAAAGAUGCAAAAGAUGGUGAAAUUUGGGCUGCAAAAUGUAUUAAUGGAAGUUUCAAUUAUACCAACUGCGAGUUUGCCCAAUGUGAUGAUGGUUAUACUUUGAGUGAUGACACAAACAAAAGAUGUGUCAAAAACGGGGAAAAUACAGACAGUGCAACCAUUUUAUGUGUGGUUACUUUAACACUUCUGAUGGUUAUAUUGGUGUAA